AUGGGUGGAGUGACAACGUCAGCAGCGCAAGGCGAGCCUCCACCGGCCGCUCCGGGCGUCGCCGUGCCGCCUCGCGUGGCCCCCGAACCUGCCGGCAGCGGGGCGGUCGGUGACACCGCCGCCGCCGCCGCGGCCGGGCCUGCCGCGCGCCCCCGAGAGGUGCCCGCGGCUGGCGUGGAGGCGCUUCUGGAGCGCGCCGGCCUGCCGAAGCGCGUGAUGGUACGCGCGGACGACGCGCCGGCGAGCGAGCACAAUGCGUACUACCGGGCCGAAGCGCUUGCCGUGGAGGAGGACGGGCCGGCGGCCGCCGGUGGCGAUGCCGGCGGCCGCGUGCAGCUGCAGUACCAAUUCUAUGGCGACCGGCAGCCGUUCUGGCUGCCGCUGGCGAGCGCGCGGCUGUGGCGGGGCGCAUACCCUUUGGACGAGGCCGCAUGGGUCAACCUGGGAAAGGUGUGGUUCAUGGGGCUCGGCUGCGCUGGGGAGGGGGGCCCGUGGCAGCCGCGCGGGCGGCGCAGGCCAGCUGGCGUGGGCGGUGGCUUGCGGUUGCAGGGGCCUGGGCCUCCCGCCUGGGCAGGGCCCAUCGGGCUCGAGCGUUCGGCCGCGCAGAUGGGGACAUUCACAGCCGCGGGCGCGGUUGCGGCGGCGGGAUCGAGCCACAAGCGCGGCGGCGCCCCCGGCGCCGCCGGCGCGGGCACGGGCGCAUGUGCAGGCAAGCGGCUGAAGCUCGACGCAGCGGUGGGGCCGGAGGGCGCCUGGGACGAUGAUGUCAUGGGGGCGGCCCUCGCCCCCCCGGCUGUCGCAGGGGAGUUGUCAGACGAGCCGCCCGGCAUAGCCGGCUGGGCGCCGCAGCGGCGCGCCCCCGGCCGCGAACAUGAGGCCGCAGCGGCCGGGGAUGUGGGCCGCGGCAGCGAGCAGGGCGACGGCGGCGGCGGCGGCGGCGGCGGGGCGGAGCCGAUGGCGGUGGACGACGCGGCGCCGCGCUCGGGCGGCGACGUCGCAGCGCGGGACCAGCGCGGCUGGGCGGAGCAGGCGGAUGCAGGACCGCACGUGCGGCAGGACCCACAACAGCAGCAGCAGCAGCAGCAGCAGCAGCAGGGGCCCCUCCUGGCUCCCUCUGACUUCGGGGCUCAUCUUGAGGGGCAGCGGCUGCUCGUCUUCUGGCCGGACGACGGGCGGUGGGACGCGGGGGAUGUGCGCGUGGUCGACGCCGCGACCGGCCGCGCCACCAUCAUCUACGCACAAG